AAAUUUUUAGUUGGAAAUUUUCUACGUUGGCGAGUAGUCGUGAGUAACAAAAUUUAGUGAAAGCAGUAGCAGAAGCAGCAAAAGCAGAGUUUUUUGGCUGGCUGACUGACUGCUCUGUGAGAUUUUUCAUCCAUUUUAGUGCCCACUCUGAGAACAAAAAUAAAUUCAGAAGAUUCUUUCAUAGAUUUUGCAAAGCGGGAAACUUUAAAAACAGAGACAUAAUCCGCAAGUGUUUUUCGCUUUUUUUUUUCUUUUGUUUGGUGCUAUUAUUUACAAAUUUAACAUUUGUGACAAGACAACAACACUAUCAAUAUUGUUGAAAUCGCUGGCAGUCUAGAUCGCUACUAGCAGCGGUAGAUCAACGGAAUAUCAUUAUUUCCCUUAAGUUUUAUUUAUUUUUACUGACAAAGUGCCCGGCGACAACGACGUUUAACGCCGUUGUAACGUUGGCUCGAUGAUGGCAUUGCCAAUGAACUCACUUUACUCCCUUACGUGGGGGGACUAUGGCUCGUCACUGGUGACGGCCAUUCAACUUUUACGUUGUCACAACGACUUGGUGGACUGCACUUUAGCUGCUGGCGGUCGCAGUUUUCCAGCGCAUAAAAUCGUAUUGUGUGCAGCGUCACCGUUUCUAUUGGAGCUACUAAAGAAUACGCCAUGCAAGCAUCCGGUAGUGAUGUUGGCUGGCGUCAAUGCCAACGACCUGGAAGCGUUGUUGGAGUUUGUUUAUCGCGGCGAAGUGAGCGUCGAUCACGCACAACUGCCGUCGCUGCUACAGGCUGCACAGUGUCUGAAUAUACAGGGACUGGCACCGCAAACCGUUACGAAAGACGACUACACUACGCAUUCAAUACAACUACAGCAUAUGAUACCACAACAACACCAUGACCAAGACCCACUGAUUGCCACCAUUGCUACCGCACCACAACAAACCGUACAUGCACAUGUCGUCGAUGAUAUCCAUCAAGCUGGCCAGAUUUUGCAAACGACUACACACACCAAUGCCGCCGGACAACAACAGACCAUUGUGACCGCUGAAUCGCCCAAGGAUGUUAUACAACAAUUUUUGCCCGCACGCAAACGCAAGCCACGUGUCAAGAAGAUGUCACCUUCUGCUCCGAAAGUUGCUAAGGUUGAGGGAAUGGAAACGAUUAUCACUGCACCGACCACUACUACCGUUGUACAUCAAGCUACACAACAGCAACAACAGCAGCAGCAACAACAACAGCAACAAAUACAGGUACAACAACAAACUAUUGAAAAUGGCAACGAAUCACAGAUAAUAACGUCGACGCCGCACAUUAAGAGUGAAGUGAGCAAGGUAGAGACAAUUGUGACCAUGGACCCGAAUGUAACACCGAUAUCAACCGUAAAUACAAGCGAUGUCAGCACCGGCGGUACGACACCAGCAAGUAGCACGAAAACAGUUAAACGCACCAAGAGUGAAUCCCGUUCACGCUCACAAUCGGAACAACCGGCAACCUGUCCCAUCUGUUAUGCAGUCAUACGGCAAUCACGUAACUUGCGGCGUCACUUGGAAUUACGGCAUUUCGCUAAACCCGGCGUUAAGAAGGAAAAGAAAAGUAAGUCUGGUGGUAAUGACACGACGGAUUUGAAUGCGACGGCAGAGACAGACAGCGUUAUAGCGUCCAAUGUGAGUGACAUAACAGCGACGGCAAGCGAUACAACGUCAGGCAAAAAAGUCAUAACCACAAGCACCGGCGCUGGCACCAGCAAUGCAGCUGGCACAUCAACGAUCACGACAGCAGUUAGCACCAUACCACAGGUGCAAUCGGUACAAUCGCUACACACCUUGCACACCGUGCAAGUCAAGAAAGAUCCGGAUGCGCAAAAUCAAGGACAACAAACAAUGACAGUGACCACGACGGCUGGCGGUGGUGGUCAGCAACAGCAGCAGCAGCAGCAACAGCAAGUGCAACAAGUACAGGUGCAACAGGCAACAACACAACAGGCACAACAACAACAAAUACAACAUCAUCAAAUAAUCGAUCAAUCGGGUAACAUAACCACAGCCACCACAACGGGUGGUGGACAACAGCAGCAACAACAAACUGGUGGACAAAUUGUCACACAAACGGAAAAUACAGACGGCACCACAUCGUUGUCCAUAGCGCAGGUGCAAACGUUGCAAGGCCAUCAAAUACUGGGCAAUAUCAAUCAGGGUAACAAUAAGAACAUUUUGGUAAAGAAAGUUUUCAUUUUGAAAGGCGGUAAUAAUACGUAAUGAUGAGCCAACGAUAUGAUCAGCGGUAGUGGAGGAGGCGGGAUAGGCGUGAUAGGCGGGAGCAGUGGUGGCGCCAAUAGCACCGGCAACAGCAGCAGCAACAACAUCAGCGGCAGUGUGGUGAGCAGCACACGCCUCAGCCGU